AUGGUCUCUAUACCAUCUCCACUAGCUCCAUCAAUCAAGACUCUUAUAUUUGAAGCCUUGCAACUUAUUAACCUUCCCCUGUCUGGUGCCGCUAUACCAUUAUGGCCCUGGGUCCUAUGGAGCUUUUGGAAGGCCCGCAAUAAGCGUUGCUUUGAGGACCGUACCUACUCAGCUACAGAGAUUGUCUAUAAGGCCGUCUCUGAUGCACGAGAAUGGCAAGACUCGCAGAUUCACUUUGCUGAAGAUAUCUCACUAGCUCACAACCAUCUCGCACCUCACCCAUCUUUACGUGUUAAUACGUCUGGUCCUACUUGUCAUGUUGAUGCAACAUGGGAUGCCCGCUCUGUUAUUACUGCUGCUUUCUCGAACAUUAAAACCCUUGCGAUCAUGUCUGAUUCUCUUACUCUCAUCAAGAUGCUGAAACAGAAGGAAUCAAGGCCGGCUCUGUAUGGGAUUUUGUUCGAUAUCUAUCAUUUUAGCACCUACUUUGAUGUAAUUUCAUUUCAUUUUAUUCCUCGCUUGCAAAACUCUGAAGCUGAUUCAGUUGCUAAGUUGGCUCUUGCCAACGCUGUUGUAUCAGUCUCCUCUAAUGGAGCGUAA